CCUUGUAGAGACGAGGGAGCCGUGGGAGACAACGGCUGUAGGAGGAUAGGAACUGUGUUUAAAGGGGUUGGCCAGGCUCUCUUGGAAGGUGAUAGAAUGGCUAACCAGAGCUUCGCCAUCGAUGGGCCUGGCAGUUUACUGGCUGUGCUGGCCUCCCAGAGCGGUCUGGCAAAAGGCGGCAGCAGCAGUGACAGCAGCACUGGAGGAAUUUCUGCCACAGAUGUGUCUGCCUACUUUAAGCUGGUCUUCUUGGGGUUGAUCAUCUGUGUCAGCCUGGUAGGCAACCUCUUGGUGUCCAUGCUGGUGCUGCGAGACAGGACACUUCAUAAGGCUCCUUAUUUCUUUCUUUUGGACCUGUGCCUGGCCGAUGCAGUUCGCUCUGCUGCCUGCUUCCCCUUCGUACUGGUUUCUGUCCACAACAGCUCAGCCUGGACUUACAGUGCCUUGAGUUGCAAAGUUGUAGCUUUCAUGGCCGUCCUCUUUUGUUUUCAUGCUGCCUUCAUGCUGUUCUGUGUGGCCGUCACUCGCUACCUUGCCAUUGCCCACCACCGCUUCUACGCCAAACGCAUGACCAUUUGGACCUGUGCCGCCAUCAUUUGUAUGGUGUGGACUCUGGCCGUCGCCAUGGCGUUCCCACCUGUCUUUGACGUGGGGACAUACAAGUUCAUCCGGGAUGAAGAUCAGUGCAUUUUUGAACACCGCUACCUGAAGACCAACGACACCCUGGGUUUCAUGCUCAUGCUGGCUGUGGUGGUCUUGGCCACUCACGGCUUCUACGCCAAGCUCCUGCUCUUUGAGUACAGGCACCGCAAGAUGAAACCUGUCCAACUGGUGCCAGCGAUCAGCCAGAACUGGACCUUCCACGGUCCUGGGGCCACAGGUCAAGCUGCGGCCAAUUGGAUUGCGGGGUUUGGACGCGGUCCCAUGCCCCCCACUUUGCUGGGCAUCAGGCAGAAUCUACACAAUCAGCACCGGCGGCUGCUCGGGAUGGAGGAGGUGAGGUCCGAGAGGAGGCUGGGCAGGAUGUUCUACACCAUCACUCUGCUUUUCCUGGUCCUUUGGGCUCCCUACAUCGUGGCAUGCUUCUGGAGGGUGUUUGUCAAGUCCUGCUCAAUACCCCACAGGUACCUUUCCAUCACUGUGUGGAUGAGCUUUGCCCAGGCCGGCGUCAACCCAAUAUUCUGUCUUCUGCUGAACGAGGACCUGAGGAAAGUGCUGAGAGCCCACCUGCCUACUUACUGGAGGACUAAACAACAUCUGCCUCAAGAUGAGGCCUACUGCAUCAUGUAAGGAAAACAAACUAGGUCAAUUCAAAGAAUGUUUCUAGGUUUAAAAUGAAAUUUACAGAGCAGCAGUGCUGUAAAGCACUUGGAAUACGUCAGUGUCUGAUUUGUUUUUGCACAACAAAUUGAAAUUCUUGCUAAGAAAUUCAGGCAUAGUUUGAAGAAUGUUCACAUUUGAUUAAAGGUGCAAGAGUCUGGGCAGGGCAAUAGAAACCCCUGGUAAAACUUGUAUUUUGGAUCCUGUACUGUAUGUUCAAUAGGAUGAAAAGAUCCCCACUGUCCCCACCCCUGUUACGUAUGACAGAUGCCAUUAUAAAAUAACGUUGCCUUAUCUUAGACGGACACGCUGCAGAGCUUUGAGCUGAGAACUAGCCUGUGUCACGGAAGGCUCUAACCAGAAACAAUCCCUUGAAGAAAUGUGCCGUGGACUAUGAAUAGACGGAGGGUUUGAUCAGAGCGUUACUAACUCUGAAACACAUCAAAGAACUCAAAGGGUCUGAAUAGACCGAUACACCACUCUGGACACAUUUUCAUGUAAUUCAAAGGAGACUGGCAGGAUGUUAGGCAAACCCAAUAACCUUGGACACAUUUAAAUAUCUGUUGUGAACUCUGAAGCCCCUAACAUGUUUGAUUUUUUUAUUAUUAUUAUUAUUAUUAUUAUUAUUUGGACUUGUAGGGCGUGUCAGGUUUCUUUGUAUCAUAAAAAGGGGGGAAAAGAAGGAAAAAUGCCUGUUUUGCUUUAUUUAUAAACAAUACAUGUUAAGCAGAUGACACUAUUUUGAAAUAUGACUUGAUUUCAUAUUGUACAGACUGUACAGGAAUGACCAUUCCUGCUUGUGUGUUUUUAUAUAGCAUUUGUGUGUAUGUGUGGGUGCGAGAGGGAAAGGUAUAACAAAAAGAGGGGAGGGAGGCAGAAUGAGUCCGACAGAAAUAAUAAUAGAAUAGGUUUCAGUAUUACUGAGUCAAAAUGAAAACAGCCACAUUCUGUUGUCUCAAGAUCCUGCAAAAUUGAGCAAUCAUCAGAUGGAAAUUAGUUCUUUCAAUGGAUUUCUGCAACUUAAAAAUGUGUUCUGAUAUUUUUUUUAUAUAAAAUGAUAAUGUGCAAGUUAAUGUGAAACACAGAGGGGUAAUAAGAAGGGGGCAGAUUCGUUUUACUAUUUGUACAUUGCAAACAGGCUAUAGGAUUUAACGACUUGAAUAAUGAUGUAUGUAUAUUACAUCAACUUUAAAAAAAGAUUAAAAAAAAUGUACAUUUAUUUGCAAAUGAUGAUUUUGGGGAAUGUUUGA